AUGGCCAUGCUUUCACUCAAACAUCUUCUAACUCAUCAGCUUUCACUCAAACAUCUUCUAACUCAUCAGCUUUCACUCAAACAUCUUCUAACUCAUCAGCUUUCACUCAAACAUCUUCUAACUCAUCAGCUUUCACUCAAACAUCUUCUAACUCAUCAGCUUUCACUCAAACAUCUUCUAACUCAUCAGCUUUCACUCAAACAUCUUCUAACUCAUCAGCUUUCACUCAAACAUCUUCUAACUCAUCAGCUUUCACUCAAACAUCUUCUAACUCAUCAGCUUUCACUCAAACAUCUUCUAACUCAUCAGCUUUCACUCAAACAUCUUCUAACUCAUCAGCUUUCACUCAAACAUCUUCUAACUCAUCAGCUUUCACUCAAACAUCUUCUAACUCAUCAGCUUUCACUCAAACAUCUUCUAACUCAUCAGCUUUCACUCAAACAUCUUCUAACUCAUCAGCUUUCACUCAAACAUCUUCUAACUCAUCAGCUUUCACUCAAACAUCUUCUAACUCAUCAGCUUUCACUCAAACAUCUUCUAACUCAUCAGCUUUCACUCAAACAUCUUCUAACUCAUCAGCUUUCACUCAAACAUCUUCUAACUCAUCAGCUUUCACUCAAACAUCUUCUAACUCAUCAGCUUUCACUCAAACAUCUUCUAACUCAUCAGCUUNCCCUAAAACUCCUUAAAAGAUCUUGA